CCUCCCUUCGCAGCGUGCCGCACUCCGCCCAACCGACAGGGGGCGCAGGUACUUCGGCUCCUUCUAGGCUGAAGGGCUGUGGGCCCCUCCUGGCGCCGGCGCCGGCGCGUCCCGACCCGAGACCUGUCCGUACGCUAAUGGCUGCCUUUGCAACCGCUGCGCUCCGGGGACUGACGCGCUCCGUGCCCUUGCUGAGACCGACUUCGGGGUGUCUGGCACGAAGGAGCCACCACUUGACCCCUGUGGAUGAUGAGCUAUUCCAGAGGACCACCAUUACUUUGUUGGAGAAAGAGUCACCCCACAUUAUGUAUAUAGAUACCUACAGUCCCUGGGGAUUUACUAUCAAUGGCAACCGAGUUGUGGGGCCCUGUGCCUUGGUCCCCCAUUCUGUCAUUCAGUGGAAUGUGGGGAGCCAUCGGGAUAUCACAGAGGAGAGCUUUUCCCUUUUCUGGAUGUUAGAGCCUCGAAUUGAAAUUGUGGUGGUGGGCACUGGAGACCGCAUGGAAAAGCUACAGCCAGAAAUACUGAAGGCCAUGAGAAAGCGUGGAAUUGCCGUUGAGGUCCAGGACACGCCCAAUGCCUGUGCUACCUUCAACUUCUUGUGCAACGAGGGUCGGGUGGCUGGUGCUGCCCUCAUUCCCCCACCUGGAGGUUCACCUUCAGCUCCAGCUUCAUCCUCACAUGUAGAAUAAAUAUCACUAAUCCUUC